CUUUAAUUAAAAAAAAAUGGAAAAAAUUUUCUUGAAGGAAUGGAUUGACGAACGGAUUAACUGUAGGGAUAUCAAUUAUUUUGAUUAUGAUGAAUUUAAUAACUUAGAAACUUUAUAUCGAACUUCUGUGAAAAGAGCGAAUUGGGAAAAUCGAAAAAUUACCGUAGUAUUAAAAGUUUUGAAUAAUUCAAUUAUUACCGAUAAUGACCUUAACGAAUUUAUUAAUAAGUUAAAGGCUCUUCGUAUGGUUUAUUUUCACUCAAAUAUCAAUCGUUUUUUUGGGAUAACGAAAGACUCCAAUGAAAAUUAUUUUUCUGUAUUUGAAUAUGCUAACAAAGGUAGUUUGAGAAGUUAUUUAAAAAACAAAUUUAAUGAAUUGCAAUGGAACGACAAAGUUCGUAUGGCUCUAGAUAUUUCUCACGGAUUAAUGUGUUUACAUUCAAAAAAAAUAGUUCACAGCGACUUGCAUGCAUGUAAUAUACUAGUUCAUAACGGUAGAUUAGCAAUUGCAGGGUUUGGAUCAUUCGAACAAGCGACAAAAGCUAAAUCAGAAUUUAAGAAUAUGGUUUAUAUCGAACCACAGUACUUACGUAAUUCAAUUUAUAAACGAGAUAUGAGAUCUGAUAUUUAUAGCUUGGGUGUUCUUUUAUGGGAAUUGACAAGUGGACGUCCUCCUUUUUCUAAUUACUUACACGACUUAGCUCAAAUAAAAAAACAACUUUUAAAUGGAUUAAGGGAAGAUCAAAUUGAAAGUACUCCUUUGGAAUACGUACAACUUUACCAAAAGUGUUGGCAUGAUGAUCCGAAUGUGAGGCCUGAAAUUAAUGAAAUUUUUAAAAUUCUAUCUCAAUUAUUAUCACAAUUUGAUGUUAAUGAAAAACAUGCUCGAUUAACCUAUGAUAAAAGUAUUUCUGAUGAUAAUAGUUAUAUGGAAUUAGAUUAUAAAGAAAUGCCUGGUCAAUCAUCAUGUACUGCGAAAAUUGUUGCGGAAAUAUUUGGAAGCUUAUUGAACGAACAACAAAUAAUUAAACGAUUUAAAUUGAAUCAUGGAUUAAUUCUAACUAGGGAUAAUAUAAGACCAAGUAAACAAGCUAUUAUUGCUGAAAAUGCCAUUAGAUAUAUGCAUCAUUUUUCCGGUUGCCGAAAUGAUUUAUAAUGGAAAUUUGUUAGAUUCUUAUUCUAAUUGUAUGGAUGUUGAUGAAGUAUUACAUGAAUUGUAUGGUCAUUUUACUGCAA